GGUAACUGGGAGUCUGUGUGAACCGGUUCCGCGAUGGCCGCCCCCAUGGCCCUGGUCGUGUGUGCCCGCUUCGUGUCGCCGCGUCUCGCGUCCCCUCGCUUCGCGUCCCCUCGCUUCGUGUCCCAGCUUCUUCUCGCCGCGGGACGCCCCGGCGCGACACCAAGGUGUGCCUGCUAUGCUGUGCGAGCCGGAGCCAGCCGGGAUGAGGAGGACAAGGUGAAGCUCUCUGUACUCGGCAGCGCCUUCCACGGACCAGCACAGGGCAGCCUCCCUCUGGCAAAUUCGCUGAGCGUCAGCGCUUUACCAGAUGCCCACGCAGCUCAGAUGGCGCUGACCCCGGAUCAGCCAAGCUGCCCUCGUCUUCUCCGCGUCGCCAUCAUAGGCGCCCCCAACGCUGGCAAAUCUACACUCGCCAACCAAAUCCUGGGCAGGAAGGUUUUCGGUGUGUCCAGAAAAGUUCACACGACUCGCUGUACGUCUGCUGGAGUCCUCACGGAAGAUGAUGCUCAGAUCGUGCUCUUGGACACGCCUGGUCUGACAAGUCCUUCUCGUUCCAAACGACAUGGCCUGGCUCCUUCUUUCACCAAGGAUCCUCAAGCAUCUCUCGAGCAAGCGGAUGUGGUGUUGGUGUGCGUGGACGUGUCGGACCCAUGGUUGAAAACGCGAUGUCAACUCGACGCCCAGACCCUAAACUGCCUCCGCAAAAACCCAGAGCUUCCCAGCGUCCUGGUGCUGAACAAGGUGGACAUCCUCAAGGGUAAGAGCGAUCUUCUGGAGAUCACGGAGGCGCUGAGCUACGACGUCACCGCUGCCCUCGCCAGGGAUAAACGCGUGGCUGCGGAAGAGGCGGGGUCUCUGCAGGAAGGGGCGGAGCUUCUGCAGGAAGGGGCGGAGCCUCUGCAGGAAGGGGCGGAGCCUAUGCAGCAAGGGGCGGAGCCUCCCAAGGAAGUGACGAGGCCUCGGCGCCAUGGCAAGGCGCCUCGGUCAUUCUUCCACGAUGUGUUCAUGGUGUCGGCGCUCAACGGCGACGAAGUGGAAACACUGAGGGGCUAUCUGCUGUCGCGGGCCCGCGCCUCGCCGUGGCGGUUCCACAGCUCCGUGCUCACCGAUCAGACGCCCAUGCAGCUGAGCCUCGAUGCCGUGCGAGCGCGGCUGCUCGAGGUGCUCCCACAGGAGGUGCCCUACCUCAUCAAGCAGAGCGUGUUGCACUGGGAGGAGGGGCCCAGUGGGGAGCUGCAUAUCAUCCAGCAGCUGACCGUCACCAAGAACUCCCACAUGCGGAUGCUGCUGGGGCGUGGAGGAGCGUGCGUGGCGGCCGUGUCACGCUUGGCUCAGUGGGAUCUGAGCUCCCUCUUCAUGUGCGACGUGCGGCUCAACCUCUCCGUCAAGCUCAUCUCGUGAUCGCCUGUGACGACCACCACCAGCAGCAGCAGCAGCAGCAGCCUCGUGGCUACUCAAGAGCAGAGGUCGCAAACGGGUUUUGAUUCCUUACCCGUACCCGGCCGCACCAGGGUCGUAAACGGGUACCCGUACCCGGCCGUACCCGUACCCGGCCGGGUGUCGGGUAGCGUACGGGUAUCGGGUACCCGAUUGCGACCUCUGGGAUGAAGCCAUGUUGCAGGCGCGUGUGGGUUGAUUCUAGGAACUUGAAUUGUGAGAAGAAACAAGACGUUGGGAAAUGAGUGACAAACAGUUACUCACCAGUGACUCACGGCCUACCCUUACCCGUACCCGGCCGCACCAGGGUCGCAAACGGGUACCCGUACCCGGCCGGGUACGGGUAGCCGGGUAUCGGGGGGUAGGGUACGGGUAUCGGGUACCCGAUUGCGACCUCUGCUCAAGACUACUCCUUCACCAUCCCCGCGACUGCCAAACAGCUGCAUCGUGUGACACGUUGUGACCUCCCGUGACUACCAACGGCAGCCUUGGCGGCCGCAGCCCCAUGCCUGCGUGACUACCAGCUUCUCGCCUGUGACUCGUCAUGCCCGCUUGUCCGCUGGUAACGCCGGCAGUGACCACCAUCACCGUCGUCACAAUGUGCAAGACACUUUUUCAUGAGCGGUCCUAUAUUGGGAUGUUUGAGCAAUUGUAUUUGAAGGAACGCUUGACCACUAUGGUCGUCAUCGUCGUCAUCGUCACCAUCAUCGCUGUGACCACCAAAACCGUACGCCAGCGGUGGCCAAUAACACCAAGCACUACGAUCGAUUCUGGUGGAUCUCAGCAGGGCUGCGUGAUCCACCAGAAAGCCAUCUCCAAAAAUUGCCAAUAGAUUACAGACGCAAAGUACUAGCGCCAUUUAUUGGUAAAAGUUAUCCUUUCUUUCAACGUAGAAAUUCUUAGGGAUUUUGAAUGUGAUCGGCCAUCAUGAAAUUGUCUUUUGCUUAUGUAAGUGUCCGUUCUGAUUUGUCCUGAGAUCCUCAAAAUUUUUUGCGAUCGCAUUUCAGGUAUUGGUCACUACUGCUAUAGACUUCGUGACAUCUUGAUUACGCGCCACUGCACAUAGCUUAGCUCUGGGAUGGAUCUAUCUUGGGAGGUGGGUGGUGGUAACACCUUCGAUUAGCACGGUUGGCUACGUACGGUGCGAAAUAAGUUGUGCAUAUGGACAUACAAACGCCGAGAAGUGCGAACUGUGUCGGUAAAGAAAAUGAGCGGUGUAAUUCGAACGCAGGGUAAAACACACCACCACCAGCAGCAGCACGUGUAGAAGACACCACGGCACACCAUGCAAUCCACGUGAGAGGGGAGUUGCAAAGUGAAGCGUGUUGUUGAUGCUGUAUAAGAUUAUGCGGGGCAGCUAGAACAACCGAAAUUCCACUUCACCUCGUCACGCACGUGACCGCCAGUGAAUCGGCCCAGUGACUUGCAGCACCAUCCUCGCAGCGACUAACUGCAGCCCCGUUAACAUCCCUGACGAUGGGGGAAGGUUUCACCCACCCUCUCCGCAGGCAGUCUGUGAAUUGUCAAAAUUCACGCCUGCGAUUCAAUCAAAGGAUCAAAUCUUUGUCUCGUUUUUACCAUCUCUUGUUUGUAUAAUUCCUCACACGCCAUGUUUCUCGUCUAGUUUUGUUCGCUAUGAAACCUAAAUGUAACGGCAUGCAAUCCGCAUACGUCGUAAAUUGUCAGUUCUCUGCACGCGAUUCGAUGCGUGUGUAUUGCGAGUGCAACAAUUGACUUUAUUCGAUCAGUCGUCACAUCGAUACGUUGCCAGUGACUGCCCUUGACAGCUGUGAUUAGCAAUACCAGCCCGUGACUGCCUGUGACAACCAACACCUGGUCCUGUCUGUACCAACUCUGCUAUAAUUUACUCUGAAUACCCGUGACCAUCACUGCAGACAUGGGUUCGAUUAUUUUAAGUAAUAUAUAAUGGAAAUUUUUACACCGAAGUAAAAUGUCUUUCCAGAGGGGGUGAGAAUCGAUGAUUUAUGUUUAUCAUAUGCGAAUGAUACUCCUGUUACAUUUAGGUAGUUUCCCUAAAUUACUGUGCAAUCUAUAAUGCUAACUUAUCAAAUGUGCAUUAAUUAGCCUUAUCAUUUUAACUGCAAUGUUACUCUGAACUACUGUACAAAAACGCGGUCUUACAAUAAAAAAAAACAUCUAAAAGAAUUUAAAAACAAAAAAACAUGGAAAUGUUGUCGGUGGGAAUAUUAAUAAGUAUAACCCGUAAAAACAAAGUUUUUCACUAUAAAUCCUUUAUAUGCGUGGCGGCUAGAGUCCUCUCGUCCGCUGGCUUGAGAUGGCUGUCACCUAUGGGAUCAGAUGAUUGCAUUGCACCAUUAAGCAAUUGGUAAUUAAAUAUAAUAUUUUUGUCCUAAAAAGUGUAAAAUUUUGGGAAAAUUUUUUUCACGAACAUUAAUUGUCUCGCACAACGAGACUGUGUGCAAAAUGUCAGCUCGAUUGGAUCACGGGAAGUGGGUUAAAAAAACGACCGAAAGUUUAAACCGCAUACGGUAAGUCAUCGCUUAACGUGCGUUCACACAACACGGUAUUCGCCGUCACGCCGUUCUUCGAUCGGGGCAAACACUUUUCGCGCUAAGCGGAACGCGCGCUUCAUGUUUCUGCGCGGUCAGCGACGAACUACUUAGACGUGCGGCUGAGGGUG